AUGUAUGUCACACACGCCGCCCUCAGAAAUGAUGACAUCCUACACGAGAUCUUCAAACACUUGAAACCCCCGCUCAUAUACUCCAAGCUGCAUUGUUACCCAUGUGAGCAAGACCCAGACUAUCAACGGACGCUCUGCGCCGCCGCCCGCACGUGCAAAGCAUUCAGUCAGCCCGCGUUGAAGUUCCUUUGGACACAUGUCUUCACUUUGGACGCCCUGUUCUGCCUCUUGUCUUCAUCCAUCAAGAUAGUCUCCGACGUCGUCAUCCCAGACGAAGACGACCUGCCUCGCGAAGCGCCUCGGCAUCAAGAGACAGUUUGGAUCCUGGAAGGCCCAAUCACCGACAAUGAACGCGAACGCUUCCUCUGGUAUACCCAAUACAUCCGGACAAUGUAUCUUCGGACGUCGCGUCGCGUUGAUCCCUGGGUGUUCUUCCGCCUCUCGCAUGAGAACCUCGGCAUGCCCCUUGCGCCGCAGCUCAACACCAUCAUCUGUGAGUACGACUGGCCUUACAUGGACAUGGCCGUGUCGCUGUUGAGCGGUCCUUCACUCCGCGUGCUGGACCUCACAUUUGGCGGCCCGGACUCCACAAUCGACGACGAUUGGAAGCUUCCGCUCAACCGACAUAACUACGCACCCCGCCCACUACUCAAGAACAUCUGCGCGUCCGCGCCGAACCUAGAGAAACUCUCCGUCGGUAUGUGUGCGCACCCUUCGCUGCUGCACCCGAUCGGCGACAUGCAACAGCUGCGCGCUUUGGAUCUUUCUACGAUAUGGACGCCGAUCGACAUGGAUCUGGUACGGCGACUCUCGUGUCUCGUCCGGCUCGAGGAACUGGCAUUCCCGCACUCUUUUGACACGCGAGACGCCGCACCAUGCGAAGGCUUCAAGAAUGUGAAAAGGCUAUCUCUUCGUGGUAGCAUCCGGACGAUCCCGGCUCUGUUGGCCACAUUGCCCGAUCUGCGCCUCGAGGAGUUACGACUGAUGGACGCUGUCAUCGGGGAACCCGCCCCUGUCGAGGAACUCGUCACCAGCUUGCCGCUCGGGACUCGCAGCUCGCUCUCGAGUGUGCGGAUCGAAAACCUGACCACACUCGGCAGCCUCGCGGCACCAGUGCCCACACUUAUUGCUCCCUUCUUCACUCUGCCAAACAUCCGGUCUUUCUUCCUCUUCGCAGAAGACCCUCUGAACUUCACAGACAAAGAGUUGCACGUCAUUUGCGGAGUGUGGACGAAGCUGGAGGCCCUAACACUCUCGUGCAACAUAUCUUUCAGACCCGUGACCGUUGCGCCGACUAUGGAGGGGAUCAUCGAGCUUGCAAACCUCUUUCCAAUGCUUCAUCGUGUCACCUUCUCCUCGGUCGUAUUACAGCCGUCUCUAGGGAUUGUCGACUCUCACCUCGUGCGUGAGCUCCCACUCGAUGUUCAGAUUCCGGACCGCAAUCUACGCGAUGUGCAUCAAGUCGCGUGCAUCUUAUGGCACAUGUUCCUUGGGCUUCACGUUCCCAACCUAGACAAGUUCUCUUUCAAGAAAUGGUCUGCCGUCUUAGACGAGAUCACACGUCUACAAGACGACUGGGAGAAACACCACGACUCGGAAGCUAGAUGGUCAACGUGAUGGUAUUCUCGGACGUUAGUCGUAUGCGGCGUAUAAGAAGUUAGCUCCAUCUAAUGUGUUGCACUCAAUCGAAUUGUAGCAUUCACAUAUA